AUGAAGCCCUGGCUUUGGCUCGUCCUGGCAGCUCUCUGUGGCGUCCUUGCCUCCCAGCAAGCCCCUGAACUGGUGCAGGUUCUGAGCAACGAAUCAGUGUCGCUGGACUGCCGGUUGAAAUCCAGCCAUAGCAAUACGAACACCUACUGGCUGAAAUGGCAGCAGGCCCCCAGCGAUGGCCCUCACUAUGAGGCCCUGGCUUCCUGGAAGACCGGAAAAGUUACGAUUCACAGCUCAGGGGCAACAAAGGAGAAGCUAACUUUGUCUCAGGAGCCAGCCAAGUCCACUCUGAGACUCAGGGAUGUGACGCCUGCAGACAGUGGCAUCUACUUGUGCAUGACCGUGGGGCACCCCGAGCUGACCUUCAGUCAGAGCAUUCGGCUGAACGUGGUGGAUGCUCUUCCCACCACUAUCCAACCCACCAGGAGGACCCCCAGGAAGAAAAUGUGCAGGUUCCCCAACCCAGGACCCCAGAAGGGCCCAACAUGUGGUCUCAUCCCCCUCAGCCUGAUGGGGGCUGGGAUCCUGGUUCUGCUGGUGUCCCUGGGUGUGAGCAUGCGCCUUUACUGCCUGCGAAGGAGAGCCCGGCUUCACUUCAUGAAACAGUUUCACAAAUAAUCAGAGACUGUGCUCUUGGCAUCCGGCUACGAAAAGACUGUGGUCAGUAAUGUGCGAGAUCUGGGCAAACGAGAGAAAAGGACACCUGCAGUGACCAUGGUCCCACCGCCCUGCUCAGGCUUCCUGCAUCACACCGCUGCUAGCUCUUUCUAUGGACCUCAAGCACAGGGCCACUUGUGGCUGAGCCGUGGGGAGUCUUAGAAAGGGGGCUCUAGGACACUUGCAAGUGAGCUGGAGAACUAAGAACAGCCUCCACGACAACACAUUCAGCUCCUGUACUUGUCCUGGGUGGAUGGGACCUUGAGUGGUGACUGUCAGGCCACCAUCUGUGAAACUUGCUUUGUCCUGGUAGGGUAGUGCCAUUGGCUCUUGGGUUACCUGUGGGAUGCAAUGGGGAUAAGAGCCCCAGGACUUCCCAAUCAUACAGCCAUGUGAGUCUCCCAGGUCU